UCGAGUUUAAAUUAUAACCUCUUUCGAUAAAUUAACAUGUUUGACAGAUCUAAUUAAGCAAAAUGACGUCAGUGACGUUUUUUCGCGCCAAAAAAUCAAUCAUGGCCGCGGUGUUUCCGGUCGUUUUUUAUCUUUUUAAAAUCAAAAUGAAAUGACGAAACUGAAUUUUGUGUGUUAGCGAAAAUGUGAACCAGUGAUAUAUUGUUAGACUGUGAUUUUUUGACUGUAUGUUUGUGAAGUGUUAUCAGUGGAUUUCAUUUUAAAAUAAACAAUGGCAUUACAACUGAAAUACAGUGACGAGCACGGUAUUCUACGCAUCGACAUGUCACCCGUCCCCGAGAAAGAGAUCACCGAUCCAAAAUUCGAUUCCAUAAACAACCGUUUCGGCCAAUACGACCUCUUCGGCGCAAAGUACGAAGAAGGGGGGUCGCUCUUCCGUAGCCGCUACAACAGCUUAGAAGAGGAACUGGCUAAUACACCUUACGCGUUCGCGACAGAACGUAGUCUGCACCUCUCAGAUCCAGUAUUAGAUAUAACGAUAGACGCUAAAGACGAUCUAUUCGGACCGAAGAUCGAUAAUCCGUUUACGGUGACGCAGUUGAUCCAUGCGCAGGAUCGAUUCUUUGAUCUAUCGGCGAGGGUGAAGGGGGUGGAAGUGAAAAGUGCACCCAAUUCCGCGAGGGUUAAAGUGAGUGGUGAUGCCUUCGAGGUUAUUAGGGAUGUAGACGCUCCAAGUUCUUUACCGCCGGUGCCAACGAAACGAAAAAGAGAAAAGUCUUUUGCUAUCAUCGCUGAGCCACCCAUCUCCAGGCCAAGCAGCCCUCGAUCCUUACCUGUUGAAAUAAAACCUGAGAGAGUAUCGCCUUUUAAAGGUCGAGGCUUUCGAGAAGAAACAUCACGACACAAUACACCAAAAACAUCAGCAGCGAACUCGAGAGCUUGUUCACCUUCAAGAAGAAGAACCAAGUCCUUAACAAGAGUGGAAAAAAUGGCACAAGCAGCAACAAUGUUACCGCAACCCUUGCCAAGUAGGCCCCAUUCUCCACGAAAUUUUCUGAAAGAAAACAUGGCGGAAAUUAAAGAAAUUAGUGAAAUAAAUAGAGAAAAGCAUGAAGCUGAGGCAGAGAAAAAAAGAAAAGAGGAGGAAAUAGCUCUGUUGAAAGAAAUGGGUCUUCUAGACAAAAAGGGUGAAGUCAAAAGCAACGUUAAUUCUAGAACUAAUUCAAGGAGUACUUCUCCCACUAAAAUUAAUCUACGAUCAAGAUCGAAUUCGCCCUCAGCUAUAUUACAUUUUGAAAAAGUUCCAACUGGGAGUACGGAAUUUUUGUCUACAGACGGCUCAAAAGCAGUUCAUAGAUCCAGGGUUAGGUCAGUUACGAGGUCGCAACCUGAAUCUAAAAUUACAUCUCCCAGGAAUUCUAAAAUUCCUACGCGUCAAAACUCGGUCUCACCAACAAGAAGUAACACUAAAAAAUAUGUACCGAACAACCUUAAUAGAAAUCAGAAAUACAUGUCUAAUAGUACAAGCAGUAUACACGAAACUAUAAGGAUUGGUAGUCAAAUACAUGACAAAAGGGCUGUUCAAAGUACACAAAAUCUAAAUGUUCCGCAAAGCAUAAUUAAAGGUAAGCCACCUAUCUCCCCCGGCAAAAGUGGACCGCCUCCUUCAAACAAAUUUAUAAAUCCUAAACGUUUAUCGCCAAUUGUAGGAACGCCAAAUAAAAGUCCUGUUGAUGAUGUAACUUCCAAUUCCGGUAGAACUCCAUCAAAAAUUUCUGCGCUGCAAAAGAAGCAAACUAAAGCCACUGGCCCUUCACCCAUAUCAAGGCCAAAUAGUAAAACGGCAAGCCAAGACUCAAAUUCUGAUAAACGUUUGGCAAACAAAUCUGUAAGUAAGCCGCCUACAGCCAAACCAAUCAAUAAAACCAUAAGUAAUAAAACGACCAUAAAACCACCUGUGCCAACUAAAACAGAACCUAAGAAACCUGUUAGUCGAACAAAUAGUGUAAAAAAUUUGUCAAGAGCUUCCAGUACAAAAAAUCUUCUUGAAAAACCGCCAUUAAAAAAAACUGCAAGCAAAAUAGAUCUUACAGAAAAACCUAAAUCAGCAAAAAAAAUAGGUGGAAAUAUUACUGAAACAGGCAAAAAAGCAGAAAACAGUAAAAAAAAUGAUAAAGUAAAACAAAAUAGUGAUAAGCUUUCAAAAGGGGAUGAAGUAACAACACAAGACAACGAAACCCAAUACGAUAAAGCCAGGAAUGAAAACGAGGAACUUGUUAUUCUUACAAAAAAAAAUAUAGUUUCUAUGACAACUGCAGCUAUUACCUCUCAGCCAUUAGAAGUUGUUACAACGGUAACAAAUCAGCUGCCUGCGGCCUUAGAAAAGGCUCGGGAAAAACGUAUCUUGGAUCGACUUAGUUCUAAGGACUCAUUAAAUGGAAAAGAAGAAGAACAGGAAUCAAGCGGUUCUAAAGAGGACGUUGAACCACCUAAAUUGGAAAAAAUUGAAAAGGAAGAAAAGCGACCACCCCGACAUAAAAAUUCAGACAAAACUUUAUUUGCCGAAGAUAACAUCAAAUUGAAAUUAUUACAACCUCCAUAUAAUAACCCUCAACUUGAACGUGUUAAACAGAAAAUUGAAGAAAUAUUAAAAGAACCCGAAAUUUCUACUGAAAACAUUUUAUCAACGGGCAAAAUAAAAGAAGCAAAAGAUAACUUCAAAAAAGCAGCAGAGACAACAAAGAGUGACACAAAGGAAACUAAAGAUAACGCAGUAAACAAAGUAUCUGAUCUAAAAGAUCAAGUACUAAAACAAAGCGAGGAAAUGACUGUAAACAUUCGUUCUGAAGCAAAGGAAAUUGUUGAUAGUAUUAUAACACCUGUCGAAGAACCUAUAAAAAUUGAACAACCCAAGGUUAAAGAUGUUGAACCUACGGUAAAAGUGGUUAACGAGAAAAAGACAGACAUUAAAAGUGACGUAGAAAAGGUUACAGAAAAUUUGGUAAAAGGGGAGGGAGAAGUGGAAGUUCAGAGCUCUAAUUUAUCAUCGGGCGAUAAAAUAAAAAUUGAAAUAAAAAAAGCUGAUGGAGGUUCAGACAAAUCUGCGCAUAGUAACGGAUUCCCUCAAAGCACCAGCACCACACCCAAACCACCAGCUAGAGCGCAUAGACAACAAAAAGAAGAUAAGCAAGAAAACGAACCUGAAAUACAAACAGAAACGAAGCCAAACAUCUGCAGCCGCCUUAUAGGCAAAUGUAAAAGUGCGUGUUGUCCUUGUUGUCUUAAGGCAGCUGAGGAAGGCAAGAGUGAGAUAGAAGAGGAGAGUCAGAAGAAAUUUUGGAAUUCGAUGAACUGUUUAAAGAAGAAAGUGCCCGAUGAGGAAGUCGAACGAGCUGCAGGAAAGGCAGCGACUAUAGAAUUCGAGUCAGAAACAAAACGAAAACGCAAACUUCGCGAUGUUUUAUGCGCGUGCUGCAGACGAAGAAAAGUCAGUGACGUUUCCGACUCAGUUCGGCAGUUCGAGGUGUCAUCACCUGUCGCUUCGACAGAAGUUGUCACCGAGACCGGAUGCUGUGGAAAGAAGAAUGAGAUUGAGAGAAGGGAUAGCAUUUUAAGUGACCAGGCGCCGUCUACAUGCUGUAACAACAGGCUAUGUCGGUGGCUGCGCGGUGCUUGUCGUCGGCAGACAGAACCUACAUCCAGCAGGAGAACCAGUCUCUUCUCAAAGAACAAGAGCUUGUCUCCCACUCUACCCCCUGAGGACACACGCACCAAGUUGGAUGCGUCUCUAGUGGAACAUACAAGUGUGAUGCGAGGAGCUAUACCAGUUCUGCCUGCCGCUCUUGCAUACUUCUGUCUUGUAUGCAACGUUCUAGUCCCAGGCCUAGGGACAUUAUUCAGUGGAAUGUUUUGCCUUUGUUUUGGAAUACCACGGUUCGGGGUUCAUGACGGAGCUAAACAUAGAAUCGGUUCGUUCGUGAUAAACCUAUUGGUGUCGUGCAGUCAGCUGUUCACAGUACUAUUCUGUCUUGUUGGAUGGGGCUGGUCUAUUUGGUGGGGAGUCAUCAUGGUCAAGAUAUCACGAAAAUAUCGUAAGCUAAAGGCAGAAGAGGCUGCGGCGGAAGCGGAUGCUGCGCCCCCUGUCACCGCCAACAAUCAUACGAGAGCUUAAGUAAUAAAAAUAAUUGUAUUCACAAUAUAGGUGUUAAUGUUGAAUCGAAUCAAUUAACAUUUUAGUACUUAAUAAUAUUUAAAUAACAUGAAUAUACUUAUAAGUAGCAAAGAGAUUUGCACUUCUACUCACUUCACUAUAUUUACCACCAGUGCUAUAAGACGACAUAUACUCUUAGCUAAGAUAUUAAGAGAGAGAGAUAUUGAGUAAUGUCUGUUACUUAUUCUAAACUGUGUCUCUUUUUUACUAAAAAUAUAAUAGUAAUGACUACGAAGUAUGCGUAAUAAAUGAUGCCCAAAUUUAAACAGAUUUUGUAUUUCUUGUAAAUAGUAAAAUUAAUCAACGAAACACAUCGAAUUAAAAUUAUUACUGUAGUCGAGGAAAAGAAGAAUUUUGGCUUUGCUGGUGUUACCAGCUUUUUAAAGGGGUUGCUAUGUUUAAAAGCCCAAAACUACCUCUUGUUUCUGAAUUUUAAAACUACGAUUAAUGUAAAUUUAUUGUAGUAUAGACGUAGGUAUGUAGUUCAUAAUUUUUUAAUAUUGGACCGAAGAAAAAUUCAGUAGUGGGUUGGCUGAAAGUAAAAAAGUUUUGACUUGGUAUUUAAACAAAUUUAUUAUUCAAAAUAUUCACUAGUUAAGUGAGAAAAACCUUUUUUAAAUCUGCUGGUCAGAGUCUUAAUAUUUUUAUGCUUCCACACGGUUUUCCAAAUAAGGAGAAAGUAGGAUUAACAUAAGAUUUAAUGCUAUUUAUUAAAAUAUAUAUUUCUGCAAAAUGGUAUUAGGAAUAAAUUGUAUUUGUAUUCGGGCUGCUAUUUGAAUUUUAUGUACGAAAUGAAGAGGUUAUUUUUUUACAUAUUACCAAUAAUUCGUUCAACGGCGAAACGUUACCUAUAAGUGAGCCAUGCCUAUUUCAGGAUGUUAACUUACCGAUUCGAAAUUCUAGGCUAAAAAUCUCAGCUGAUAUAUGAAAUAGCUAGAAUUCAAAGUUUGCUUUAGACUAAAAUUACCUAGGUAUAUUUAAUUGAAUAUCCAUAGAUAUAAAUUUGUGUUUGUUUUUAGACUUGUUUCGUAAAUCAUAUACUUAGAAACAUUAAUACCAUCAAAUAGCAGACUCGGGACUUGAUGAUUUUCAUAAAUUCAAAUAGAUAAUUCUGAAAAAUAAUUAUCAUAACAUUAGUAAAGGAGCGUUCAAGUAUUACGUAACGCAAUUUUUGGAGAUUUUGACCCCCCUCUCCCCAUGUAACGCGCCGUAACGUACCCAAUAGUAAAACGUUACGUGAUUACCCAGUGACCACUUUUACCUAAAAGUCAUAAUCAUGUGGUGUAAAGUACCGGAAUGUCGCUAUAAUAUCUUUGUUAUUGUUUUAAUCGCGUUAGUUAAUACAAAUAACGCGUAAUUCAAUUCCCGCCCGAAAAUUUUCAAAAUCUGUAAUUU